GGAUAUAAAAAAAAAGCUGGCCAUUCAAUCACUAUGCCAGAAAAAAUAAAAAAAUAAAACGAGAUAAAGGGUCGUGUUCCAUUUAUUUGUGUGCUGGUGUUUGUUCUUUUCCUUUUCUUUUUUCUCCUCUACUUGUAUCUUUUUCACCAUGUCGAAGCAGAGAGUCGCCAUCAUCGGUUCUGGCAACUGGGGAUCAUGCAUUGCCAAAGUAUGUGCAGAAAAUGCACGCAAAUACAGUGGUGUUUUUGAAGAAGAAGUGCGAAUGUGGGUUUUCCAAGAAGAAGUCGAUGGAAAGCUGUUGACGGACAUUAUCAAUGAAAAGCAUGAAAAUGUUCGUUACUUGCCCGGUGUUAAACUCCCUUCCAAUAUCAAAGCCGUUCCCGACGUUCGCGAAGCCGCAGCAGGCGCCAACGUACUGGUGUUUGUAUUGCCGCAUCAAUUUGUCUACAGCACGUGUGAAAAGCUCAAAGAUGUUAUCGACAAGGAUUGCAAGGGUAUUUCAUUGAUCAAGGGACUGGAUUUUAGGGAUAAUAGUCUGCAUAUUAUUUCGGAAGGCAUUGAAAAGAUUCUGGGGAUCAGUUGCGCAGCACUGUCAGGGGCCAAUUUGGCACCUGAAGUGGCCGAAGAAAAGUUUGGUGAGACCACCAUCGCAUGCAAAGAUAUGGAUGAUGGUCCGCUCUUUAUGAAGUUAUUCCAUACACCCUAUUUCGAUGUGACCAUUAUUGGCGACUGGCGUGGUCUUGAAGUGUGUGGUGCUUUAAAGAAUAUCAUUGCUAUUGGUGCAGGCAUCUGUGAUGGAUUGAACUAUGGCAACAAUACCAAGGCUGCAGUGGUUCGUCGUGGAUUGAUUGAAAUGCGCAGAUUUGGCAAAACGUUUUUUGGUGGUGUUCACACUGAAACGUUUUUCGAAUCGUGCGGUGUGGCUGAUCUGAUCGUUACUUGUUCGGGUGGAAGAAAUCGAAAGGUAGCAGCGGCAUUUAUCAACUCUCACAAAUCAAUUGACCAAGUGGAAAAGGAAAUGCUCAAUGGCCAGAAACUGCAAGGCACUACCACGGCUCAGGAAGUCUACCACUUUUUGAGCGCGCGACAAAAGACUGAUGAUUUCCCCCUGAUGACCGCCAUCUAUCGUAUAGUCUACGAAAAUGCCCCACCAGAAACCAUUGCCACCAACCUACGCACUCACGUCGAUCUCUGAGCCUGAGAUCGGCGAACUUUUUCAUCUCCGUUGUUACAACAUCUUUUUUUUUUGUAUGUUACAUUUAAAACUUUUUUGAUAUCUUAACUAGUGACUAGUGGCGAGUACUGUUGUUGUUCGCAUAUUCUCUGCAAAUCAGCAAUGUUUUUUCAAGAAAAUAAACAUGCAUUCCUCGUUCCACAUCACGAGCCAUC